UCUUAUUAUUUUCGCAGCUGCCAAUGUAGAUGCGAAACAGUGAACAAAGCAUUCCCUAUGCUACAAGCAUGGAAUGACAAUGUACACAACAUGUGAAUGAUGAGUUAGAAGGGCUCCCUAAUCAGGGGUGAGAGGUGUAGUAAUGUUAACUGGUCGAAGAAGAUAUUUAUUUGUAAAUUUUCCAGAGCAUGUGAUUGAAAUGAUAUGGUUUUAAAUCUUUACUAUAAUUAAACCAAAUUGGUCAAAAAGUGAAAAGCGUACUGAAGUACAGACCCAGUAUUGGACUGCUGAUCCUGAGAUACUACAUUAAGACACAAUGUCAGCCUUUAGUACUGCCGACGAAAUAGUUAUCCAGAGGAAAAUUGAUGCUACAAAACUACAUUCUUCUACUGCCAGGAGUGAGAUAGAGGAUGUGUAUGAAAUCCCAAGGUGUGCCAGGUGGAUAACAAGCAAUAGUUAUGAAAGGGUUGCUCUCCAGUUUCCAGAUAAGAUAAUGAGAGAUGCAGCUCGAGUUGCUGAAAGACUAGAGGAAGAAACUAAAAAGAAAAUAGCUAUUUUGGGGGACACCUCAUAUGGCAGUUGCUGUGUGGAUGAAGUGGCAGCAGAGCACUUUUCGGCAAACAGUAUCAUUCACUUCGGUCAGGCAUGUCUGAGCCCUACCAAUCGUCUUCCUGUCCUGUAUGUGUUUGGUCAUCAAGAAAUUGAUGUAACAGAUUGCAUAGAGAAGUUUUGUAGUUUGUAUUCAGCCGAGGAUAAUGUGGUCCUGAUCUAUGACACCGAAUAUGCCUAUGUAGCAGAAUCAAUUUCCAGUCAACUGACUCCAUAUUUCAAGAAUUUGACAGCGUCACAGCUAGAUCUUUCAAACACUGGCUUAGAAUCAUUUUGUUCAGAAAAUACUAGCUCUAGUCAAGAGAACAAUGAUUUGAACAGUUCAGCAUCUGUAAGUACAGAUUCUCAGGUUUCGGUUUUCAGGAAAUGUGGGAGACUGUUUCCCAACUUGAGUGAACAGGAAUUCAAUGAGUCCAGAAAAAUAUUUUAUAUUGGAGAGGAAAGUCUGACAUUAUCAAACUUGAUGAUGACAUUUAACAAGUGUACAUUCUGUUGUUAUAAUCCAUCACUAAAAGAAAUUGUGAAAGAAAAUGUAAGGAGCAACAAGGCACUGAUGAAGCGCUUUCACAUGGUAGAGAGGGCUAAAGAUGCCAGUAUUGUUGGAAUAGUUGUUGGAACACUCGGAGUGGUGAACUAUCUAAACAUUAUUAACAGACUGAAAGAUAUGAUCAAGAGGGCUGGAAAAAAGAGUUAUACUUUUGUAGUGGGCAAACUUAAUGUUCCAAAACUGGCAAACUUCAUGGAAAUCGAUGUGUUUGUUUUGGUGGCCUGUCCAGAGAACAGUCUCUUAGACAGCUCUGAGUUUUACAAGCCUGUUGUUACGCCAUUUGAGAUGGAGCUUGCUUGUAACAGUAACUUGGAGUGGGAUGGGAACUAUGUCACCAGCUUUGCAGACCUUUUACCAGGAGGAUCAUCUUAUAGAGAGCUAAUCAUUCCUGAUGAAGAGGUUGCGGAUGUAUCCUUGGUUACAGGGAAGAUGAGAAAUAUAGGCGUGUCUAAAGACCCACCAGAAACCAUGUCUUCUGUUGUCCUUCGUAGUCAAGCUCUGGGUGUGUCCACAAUAAAGGCAGACUCAGCAGGGGAGUAUCUUUCUAACAGAUCAUGGCGAGGCUUGGACCAGCAGCUUGGGCAGACCCCCGUGACAGAUGCAGUGGAGGGAUUGUUUGGAAUAGCUGCUAAUUAUACUGAAAAACCAACAAAUAAAGACUAAUAUAUAAUA